AUGACAAUGGCAACAAAUGACCUGUCUUAUCGAGUUCUAAGAAGAAGUAAUGGUCGAUCUGGAGUUAUUUUUGAAGCCAAGAUUUGCGGAAAAGUAGGCGUUCUUAAAAUGGCCGACUUAUAUAAAAAUGAGUACUUGUUGCAAGAAAUCCUAAACAAAAUCAAGUUCUAUCUCGGCCUUCUUAUGGAUAUUCCACCGAAGCUUCUAAAAUACGGAAUCCUUAACGAGGUUUUUGUUUUUAUUUUAACAUUGCUUUCUGGAAAAUCUUUUGCGGAAUUAGAUGAUGUCACGGAAAGGGAAAAACAGUUGGCCAUCGAGGGUUUACAGGCUAUACAUGCAAGGGAAGAGUUGAUCGAAUUGAGAAGUUUACUUGGUAUGACAG